AUGUUUAAUUUCCGUGGUAAUGCGCGGUACACCUUCAAUCCCCGCUCUAUCUUCUAUCGACCGCCCACUACUGCCCUAGCGAGGCGUGCUCUCGCCUCAAAAUCUCCCUUGAAAUAUCUCGACAAGUCAGCAAUUACAGCGUCAGGCCCUGUAGCUGAGGAGCUUGCUGCUACGGGGCUAUGGAUACCAAGGAGCCCGCGAGGGAAAUCUGACAAGGCCUCGCAACCCCAGCCGAAUGGUGACAAGACCAGGGUUAACGUUGUUAGCGAAAAUUUAUGCGACAAUAUUAUCUCAUACGUCGGAAAGUCCCUUAGCCGGCAUGUGGGAUGCGACCUCAUCGAUAUAUACCCCGGCGCUGGGCUUUGGAGCCACAAGCUACACGAUUUUCUCAAGCCGCGCUCUCACAUCCUGAUGGAACCCGAUGUAGAAUUAUACAAACCCUUCCUCAAACCUCUCCUCGAUCAGCCCAAUACUAUGCUCGUCCCGGCGUCCGGGAUCAUCUGGCGGGAGCUCAACUCUAUCCUAACCCCAGAAUACCUACCGCACCAAACCAUACCUGACGCGGCCAAGUUGAGUCAACGCAACGAUACUCUCCUAGUCACUGCAAACAUUGCUUUCCACCCUCAGAAACGCUUCCUUUCCUUCGCGUCCAUGGCGAAUUUGGUUCUUUACCAGUAUAUCGAAGCUAUCCGAAAUAGCGGCCUCUUUCAACGAUAUGGGCUCGUCCGCAUGUUGAUAUGGACUCGGCACGACGACAAGUACGGAAUACUCCCUAAGUUGAUGCAGAAGCGGAAGAAGCUGGCGUUAGAUACCGAGCUCUGCUGCGAAUGGGUGCACGAGGUGUGCGGCCGCGAGGGUUCCGAUAGUUCUUGGUACGUCCGCGAUAACGUCAUUGACGAGAGUAGUAACAUUGCCACCUGGAAGAGGAUGAAAGAUGCCAAGAUUCGAAUGCCUAAGGGGAGGUCUUCUGAAGCUCUGAAGGAGGCUCGACUAAAUGCGAGGUCGGGGAAAAAGCUCAUGCUGGCAGAAAGGGCCCCCGUAUUUAAGAGAUCCUACCGCAAUGUAUUGCAUGAGCUCGAGGAAAGAUAUAUAGCAGAAACAUUUGGUCCAGAUUCGGAUGAUUUCAAGAGCAUGCGGAACUAUCAGUGGAGGGCUAACUGGGAGAAAAAAAAGCACCAGCGCAUGUUCGACGUAAUAAAGCGCUACGAUGCUAUUACUACUCUCUACAGGUCGGGCAAGGCAGCGCCCGAGAAGAUCGAAGCUCUUGAAAGGGAAUUGCAGGUCGAUAUAGAGAAUAGCCCCAAGGGGUUUGUCAACGAAUUCGUCACCUACAAGGACAAUCUCCAUUAUUUCAGGCAAGACCCGCCCCUGCUCCAUUGGGAUCGCAGGGCAUACGAACCGCUGCGUAUAGAGCCCGAAGAAUUCUUCCCGAAUAUCGAAUGCAGCUUGCUAGAUAUCCAACCGAAAGGGGUCCAUCCGUUACUUCGCCAGACCGGCCCAGGUUCGAAUAGGGCGGGUGAUUGUUUUGAACUAAUUUUAAGCUCGAUGAUGAGCCACAGCACCAUUCCCAUCAGCCAAGCUUUGGAUGCCCUCAUGCCAGGUGCCGCCGAUUACAUCAUACCCCGUUGGAAGAGCGCCAGAGACUUGAGACACGGCGGAGUGACUAAUAAGAUAAAAGGUUUAGAGCUGACACCGAGGAUGCUGAAUGCGCGGCAGUGGGAAGAGCUUAUAGAGCUCUGGAUGGAGUGGCCUUUCCGCCCUGAGUUUCACGAACUCGUCGCUCGCACCCACAACGAGCUAGCCAUAGAAGAUAACAUUCUGGCUUCCGAAUGA